CCAACAGCUCCAUUCCAAGUCCUUCAUAGAGUCACCGCGUUUCCCCCCGCUGACACAAUGGGCUGCUGCAGCGGACGAUGCACUCUCAUUUUCAUUUGCACCCUACAGCUGGUCUUGGCCUUAGAGAGGCAGGUGUUUGACUUCCUUGGAUACCAGUGGGCUCCCAUUCUUGCAAACUUCUUCCAUAUCAUUAUCGUAAUCUUGGGCCUAUUUGGAACAAUCCAGUACCGACCACGUUACAUUGUAGUGUACACAGUCUGGGCCGCACUUUGGGUAGCCUGGAACGUCUUUAUCAUCUGUUUUUAUCUGGAUGUUGGAGGCCUGUCAAAGGAGAGCGAUCUGCUGACAUUUAACAUAUCAGCCCAUCACUCCUGGUGGAGUGAGCACGGUCCCGGCUGUGUGAGGGGAGAGAUGCCACAGGCCCCCGGAGUCCGCACCACAGAGAGCCACUCCUACAUCACUGUCAUGGGCUGCUUCAUGGACUACCAGUACAUAGAGGUCAUGCAUAGCAGCGUGCAGAUUCUUGUUGCUCUCCUUGGCUUUGUGUACGCCUGCUAUGUUGUCAGUGCCAUCACUGAGGAGGAGGACAGUUUUGAUUUUAUUGGUGGAUUUGAUCCAUUCCCACUCUACCAUGUCAAUGAAAAAUCAUCCCAUCUCCUGUUAAAGCCCAUGCAGCUGUCUACGUAAGUAGGAGAGGCAUCCAACGAGGGAGGUGAUACAGCAAAUUCCCAUGGAUCCAAAAUGGCUGAUUUCACACACAUUUCCCUCAGCUCCUCAGAGCACCAGACCUCUCCCUUUGGGUUUCAGAACUUUAACGUGUCAUUUACUGGUGUGUGGCCCUGAACAUUCAGUUUCACAAUUAGAGUCCAUUGUUAUAGAAUUUGGAUAUUACCUUUGGUGGUUUUGUGUUUAUAUAGGCGUAUCAUUUCGUUUUCUUUCUGUGACUUUAACUACGAUCUAAUUCCACUGUAUAAAACAUGUUUCAGCAGAUAAAUGCAUUACAUAGGUGAUGAUGGAGCACCCAGCAUUUCCAGUAUGUAGCUGUGUGUCAUAGAGAACGGUGAUUUAGCAGAUUACUGCUGGUUUGGCUUAAAUCCCUACAGUAGGGCUGAAUUACGGUGGAGUCUGCAGAAUGAACCAUUGUGUUGCUGCCUGUUUACUUUAGAAUCUGUAUGCAUAAAUACAGAAGCAAAGCAGGAAGAGCCAAGGGAGUGGAAAAGUAAAGGCUGGGGGAGACAACAAAAGCACCAGUACAACAGGCGCAUCUGCCAAAAAUAGAAAAUGUAAAUAAGGAAAUUUAAAGUUUCAAAGGACUGGAAAAGAGCCUUAGCUUUGCAAAGAGGUGCUCGAACACAAUGAACGGCAUGCAAGUGUUUUACGUCUGAAGUAUUUUAUUAAAAAACUGUUUUCCCGAGUCAGUAUUUCUGAAGUGUCAGGUAUGUUUGCCAAAGAGCUGAAAGCUUUUGUUCUGUCUUCAACUCUUCUCCUCUAACAGCAGACACAGUUCUGGGAAAAGAGAUCAUUACAAACACUCCUUCAGCAGUUGCAAUGCAUAUUUCUAACUUAAAGCAAACAAAAGAGAUUUUCAUGCCUUUUCAUAUUGCAGACAAUGGAGUUGAAGCUGUUGGGCUGGAAGCUAUGUGUGGAAAAAACAAACAUCUCUACCUGAACAGAUCAGUUUCAUCGCCUGUCAGCUUGAAACUUAUCUUCUCCUUGUAGGCGGUAAAAGCUUGAGCUGUGAUUGAGUGUAGUAAUUAUCAAAGUUUGCACUGUAAUGAUCUAAUUACAGCUAACUGAAGCACAUGAACCUUUAACUAAAACCUGCUGACUCAUGUCACCCUCACACUCUCAUGUCUUAUAUUCUGAAAAAGCUUCAUUUUAAGUUUUUACUAACAAAACUGAACUCACAUGAUUGCAACUGACUUAAGCACCUUUAUAAAUGUGUUACAACAUAUCCACCAGAUUAUCCACUAGUCAUGUAUUGCCUUACUGUUAAGUGAAUCACCACUGCCCUCUGGUGUUCAAAUGGCUCAUGUACAAAGUGCAAUGCUACACAUUUACUCCAAGAAUCUUUGUAUGUUUCUGUCUGGAUAAGAGAAAAUAGUGAAUUUAAAAGGGAGAAGAGCUUAAAGGAUGUGUUUUCCCUGUGAAUAUAACAUUCCACUCCACAUGACUUCAGUUGGACACUGGAUAUAAACUUGGAGUUAUUUCUACUUUUCAUGCAUAUCUGAAUAAAGAAUUAUAGCCCCUUGCAAGGGGCAUUAAUAAGCAUUCAACUUUUUCACAUUUUGUCACAUUACAACCAUAACAUUCAGUUAAUUUUAACACCCUGGACCAACACAAAAUCUUGCAUCAUUUAAUGGAUUUUUAAAAAUGAAAGUUUGUAAAGUUGGAUGUAUAGUCAUAGUACCCACCUGUUGCACCAAAUGCAGUUGCAAAUCUCUACCAGCUUUGCACAUCUAAAAACUUGGAGUACUUAGUGUAGUUUUGGUCUGAAUUGUCCCUCUGUCACUCUAAGACAUGAAUAUGAUUUAAUCUUAACAGUUUAAGUAUUGCUUUAAGUUGAAGUUUGCCGAAAUGUCUUUUACAGCUUUAAGCGGAUUUUCUUCAUGGAUUUCCCUACAUUUAGUUUAAUCUGUCUUCUAUUUAAACUCUGAUCAGCUUUCCUUACUGUGCUCAGAAGAAAAAUCCUCAAAACCUAAUUUUCUACAUCAUAUGUCAUGGCAGGGGUAAAAUACAGAUAAUUUCUCUACAAUGUAGCAUGUAGCAAACUUCAGCACCAUUCAGGUAUCCAUUACAGACUUACAAUUUUCAUUUGUGACACGUUUUUUUAUCCCAAAACACCAUUUGUGGUUGUGAUGUGAGAAAGUAUGACAAAGUUCAAAGGAGUCUGAAAUGGUUUUGCAGGGUUUUGCAAGGUUUGGAACCUUGGCUGCUGUUUAUUUUCUUUAAAGGUUUUCUGUUAUGCCAGCAGCAACAUCUAUUUAGCAUCUGAUUCCUCUGUGAUAUUAAGAGUUCCUCACUGCCAGACAAACAGAAUGUAAACUGUUAGGAUACCGAAAGAUAUCCCAACACUUCUGUUGGCGGAAUUCUGUCUGAUGAGAAUAAGCUGUUUGGUUUUGCAAUAAUUGAAAGCUGAUUCCUCUACAUUAAAAUGCACUCAUUGUUAGCACAAUGGGCGAGAAAAAAGCAAAGCAUCAACAUUGUAGCAUAAUAAGUCUUAGUGGUCAAAUUCUUCUAAUAUAUUAAAACUAGUCUUCCUCUCGGUGCAAUAUAGACUUUUCCCAAGUCUUGAUUGUUGUCAUGUUUCUUUUGCGCUGGUCCGAACUGAAAAUGCAUCCAUCUCUUUUUAGAUUUUACCUUGUAUUUAAGGAGUAAAAGAUUAUGUUCCCCUGGAUUCUGUCAUCUGUUUCUCCCAGCUGAUGUGACCUGAUUGUGUAACCUUGUUUAUCCAGAAUUGUGCUUUUUGUUUAUGUAAAUAUAAUAAGUGUUUGAUAAUGAUAAUAAAAAAACAUGCUCUUUUACAA